CUAGCUUCCAAUAGAACAUACCUGGGGCGACGCGGGAUAGAAGAUGAUUAUCCAAGCAGCGGCCACAACUGUGUUUCUGCUAUGUGCAUUAUCUCUGACAAACUCAUUCCAAAACUACCAGUCUUUCCCCAUUGGUCCCUAUCAGCAGCAAGUGUACGGCUACUGGAAUCCCUACUAUCCCCAAAGUUGGUCUACGCCUGGCUAUGGCAACUAUCCUGUGUCUCCUUCCCACACUAUCCAACUGGAAGCGACCACAAGGCCAGACCCUGACCAGAGCUGUUGCAAAAGGAUGCGCUGUAAUAUAGGAAGCUACUGUGUCUGCAAGACGAUUUACUGCAUUCGUGCUCCAUGCCCGCCACGCGCUUUCUGUGAGCCUUGGUGGAAACGCUACCAGUAUAGCGGCUACAAGUGGUGACUGUGAGUGACAUGCCUAAAAAAUUGCAGUCGAUGGAUGGAUUCAUAGUAUACAUUAGUUGUCAAAUAAAGCUUUGUUCUGUUC